UUUUACUGCAGAACAACGACAAACCUACAGAGGAGCAGAGAACUUCGGGCGGCUUCGAGCGGUGGACUCCAGAACUAUUGCAAAUUCACCCAAGUACCACUUAGGGCUACUUGGUAGUGUGGAGAGCGUCUAACGACCUCAGGCUGACCAGUGACGAAAUGCGCCGCACUGACGCGUCAUUUCCAUGGGAAUUACUCAGGCACAUUAGACGAAUCAGCUACACCCUACUUAAGCCCGUCAAAACGUCUCUUCGGAUUCAUUUCUUCCCAGUACAAUGCCUGCGGUUACGGAUACCAACUCCACCAUCCUUGUCACUGGCGCCAACGGCUUCAUCGGUACCUGGAUUGUCGGCCACCUUCUCAAAGGGGGUUACUCUGUACGCGCCGCAGUACGAAAUGAAGGAAGGGGAAAACAUCUUCUUGAUAUUUACGAGUCCUACGGCGCCAGGCUCAAGCUCUUUGCCGUUGGCGAUAUAAGUAAGAGAGGUGCUUUUGACGACGCGGUUAAAGGUGUUGAUGCUAUCAUCCACACUGCUUCGCCCGUCCAUUUGUCUGCCGACGAACCCAGUGAACUGAUUGACCCUGCUGUCGGGGGUGUAAAAGGGAUCCUAAAGAGUGCUUUGAAGAAUGGCAGUGACUCACUAAAGCGCAUCGUCAUGUCCUCCUCGUCUGCUGCUAUUGUUGCCUUCUCAACAGCGCCGGUAACCGUCUCGGAGGCCGAUUGGAAUGAACCCCCGAUCAAAGAGUGCGAAGAGAAAGGCAGAGACGCGUCCAGCCUAGCCAAGUACUCUGCGUCAAAGACUUUGGCGGAGAAAGCCGCUUGGGCAUUUUACGAGAAACACAAACCAGAAAUCAAAUGGGACAUUUCUGUGAUCAAUCCUCCUUGGGUUAUUGGCCCUGCAAUUCAUGAAGUGACGACUGUUGACAGUCUCAAUGCGUCGAGCAAACACUGGUACGAUGCUAUUGUCAGAGAGGAUUUCGGGGGCUUCUCACCCCUCACCACACCGGGACAUGGGUGGGCAGAUGUUCGCGAUGUGGCUAUGGCUCAUGUACGUGCCAUGGAGGUUCCUAGUGCUGGCGGGGAGAGGAUCAUUAUCAGCGUCGGGUCGUGGGUAUGGCAGGACUGGCUCGAUGUCAUUUCCGAACUCUCUCCUAAUCCAUAUCCCUCACGUACAUUACCCAGAGGAACACCUGGUAUCUGCCAGCGUGCAAUCACUUUUGACAUGUCCAAGGAACAGAGAAUUCUGGGGAUCAAAUUUCGGAUGAUGGAGGAAACAGCGAAGGAUGUCCUGGCAGAUUAUGAGCAUCGGGGCUGGUAGGUUGGUGUCGAAUAGGCGUUUCUUCUGCCAGCAUCAAAUAAAUACUAAGGUCAUUUACACACCUAAUAUUGGUGUGUAUUGUAAGAGAUGCAGACUGGAUUCACCAUUAAUUUCUUUGGUAUGAUACUCAAUUACAUAAAAUUGAGCACA